GCAAAGGCCAAGAGGCCCGGAACCCCCGGGCACAGGGUGUGUGUCAGGCUGUGGGAGUGGCCAGGAGGUGGGGCCGCCCUUCUGCACCUCCUCUGGGGCCAGACAGGAGAGCCGGGUUUAUAGCAGCAGCCACUGCUGGGUGCUCUGGAGCCGGAGAGUCCCUGGGCAGCAUGCUGUGUGCCCUGCUCCUCCUUCCCAGUCUCCUGGGGGCCACCAGGGCCAGCCCCACCUCAGGCCCCCAGGAGUGUGCAAAGGGCUCCAUGGUGUGGUGCCAGGAUCUGCAGGCAGCUGCCAGGUGUGGAGCCGUGGGGUACUGCCAAGGGGCCGUAUGGAACAAACCCCCCGUGAAGUCUCUGCCCUGUGACGUAUGCCAGGACAUAGCAGCUGCCGCUGGCAACGGGCUGACCCCUGACGCCACGGAGUCUGACAUCCUGGCUUUGGUGAUGAAGACCUGUGAGUGGCUCCCCAGCCAGGAGUCUUCAGCCGGAUGCAAGUGGAUGGUGGAUGCCCACAGUUCAGCCAUCCUCAGCAUGCUCCACGGGGACCCGGACAGCGCCCUGGCACAGGUGUGCACAGCGCUCACCCUCUGUGAGCCGCUGCAGAGGCACCUGGCCACCCUGGGGCCACUCUCCAAAGGGGACACCUCUGAGGCUGUGGCUCCAUUCAUGGCCAAUGGGCCCCUUAGGUUCCACCCUCCCCAGGUGCCUGAAGGAGCUCUGUGCCAAGACUGUGUACGGCAGGUCUACCGACUCCAAGAGGCUGUCCGGUCCAACUUGACCUUGGCAGACUUGAACAUCCAGGAGCAGUGUGAGUCCUUGGGGCCUGGCCUGGCUGUCCUCUGCAAGAACUACCUCCGUCAGUUUUUUGUCCCUGCUGAGCAAGCACUGAGCCUUCUCCCCGCGCAGGAGCUCUGCAGGAAGGGGGGAUUCUGUGAGGAGCUAGGGGCACCUGCCCACUUGACUCAAGCAGUGGCCAUGGACGGGGUCCCCUCCCUGGAGCUGGGGUUGCCAAGGAAACAGAGCGAGAUGCAGAUGAAGGCCGGAGUGACCUGUGAGGUGUGCAUGAGCGUGGUGCAGAAGCUGGACCACUGGCUCAUGUCCAACAGCUCUGAGCUCAUGAUCAUCCACGCCCUGGAGCGCGUGUGCUCGGUAAUGCCUGCCUCUAUCAGGAAGGAGUGCAUCAUCUUGGUGGACACCUACAGCCCCUCCUUGGUGCAGCUUGUGGCCAAAAUCACCCCAGAGAAGGUGUGCAGGUUCAUCCGUCUGUGUGGCAACCAGAGGCGGUCCCGAGCACUCCCUGACGCCUAUGCAGUCGUGCCGUCCCCAGAGUGGGACGCGGAGAACCAGGGCAGCUUCUGCAAUGGUUGCAAGAGGCUGCUCACGGUGUCCUCCCACAACCUGGAGAGCAAGAGCACCAAGCGAGACAUCCUGAUGGCCUUCAAGGGUGCCUGCAGCAUCCUGCCGCUGCCCUACAUGAUCCAGUGCAAGCACUUUGUCACCCAGUAUGAGCCUGUGCUCAUUGAGAGUCUCAAGGACAUGGUGGACCCUGUGACUGUGUGCAAGAAGGUGGGGGCCUGCCACGGCCCCAGGACCCCACUGCUGGGCACUGACCAGUGUGCCCUGGGCCCAAGCUUCUGGUGCAGGAGCCACGAGGCCGCCAAGCUGUGCAACACUGUGCAGCACUGCCAGAAGCACGUAUGGAAAGAGACGCCCCUCCACGCCGGGGAACACGCAUGACCGUGGCCGCCAGAGACCCAGAGCCUGCUAGCCACGCCCCAGGAGGUUCCUGUACCCCACAGGAGCCCCAUGAGGUGGGUGCUUUCCCAUCCCCAUCUCACAAAUGAAAAACUGAGGCUCGGAGGAGGGAGGCUGGGAAGGAGCAGAGCCGAAGUUCAAAGCCAGGUAUUCCUGACCCCCAAGGGCUCUCUCUUUAACAACUGUGCUGCCUCGAAAGCAUCUUACUGGACCAGAGCAAACUCAUGUGCCCUGUUCCUCGACCCAGCCAAGGCUGCCCCUUCAUCUCCAAGGCUGUGCUGUUGCCGGUGGUUCCAUGAGAGCCUGCCCAUGGCCUCGGGUGCCCCUUUACCUUCUGCUGGAUGGAUGUCCAGCUGUGAGCCAGGCUGGGGUC